AUGAGAAGCCACUUUGAAGAACCUCCGAUACACCCAGUUGAACCUGCGGAUAUCGCUCUUUGUGGGGCGUUGAAGAAGCCUGCCUCACUACCACUGGACUUGAUUCAAGCGGGUAGCAUGAGCUAUACCAGUAGUAGUAGUCAAGGAGAUGAGAGCUCGUUGUCGGACAAGUCGUUUGCCACGACGAGUCAACAGAGCUCAGAGGACUCCAUCUGCUCUACGGUCGACGAGGAUAAUGCUCUGAUGGCAUCAUCAGACGACGCUGCUACUAGUGAAAAGCAAGAUCAUGCUUCCUUCAUGUCGCUGAGGAUCACUUAUCUCAUUGUUACCCUAGUCGUCAUGCUGGCGGAUGGACUGCAAGGAACGCACCUAUAUGUCUUGUACGAAGGCUACGGCUUUACGGUGGCCAAUCUGUACUGCCUGGGCUUUGUCACGGGAGGAUUAGCGUCUCCCAUUACGGGUCCUCUCGUGGACAAGCUAGGCCGCAAAAAGUCGGCCAUUCUGUAUUGUCUCUUGGAGAUUUUCAUUAACCGAUUGGAGCAGUACCCCAUUUUGGCCGGACUCAUUAUCUCGCGCAUGAUUGGGGGGAUUACCACCAAUCUCCUUUCGACUGUCUUUGACACUUGGCUCGACACGGAGUACCGUCGUAGAGGCAUUCAAAAAAAGGGUGGCUACGAAAUCAUUAUGCGAGACUCGGUCAUUGUCUCCAACUUGGCCGCCAUUGGGUCGGGGUAUCUGGCGCAUGUCCUAGCCGAAACCUACGGGCCCAAGGGACCCUUUGAAGGCGCCGUGGCGUGCACGUCCAUUGCUCUGGUCGUAAUCAUGUUUAUAUGGGCGGAAAACUAUGGAUGCGGUGAAGAUCAGGAGCUCAAGUCUAUGAGGGAGUUUAUGGACGAUGCCGUCACGGCGUUCAAAAACGACAACAAGGUCUUGCGCCUUGGAAUCAUUCAGGGAUUGACAUGUGCAUCCAUUCAGAUUUUCAUCUUUUUGUGGUCGCCAGCCCUUCGUCACUUUGCCACGAGUGCUCCUCAGGGAUCCAUUGGUCUUGAUGGCAAUGGGGAACCGGCGUAUGGCCUCAUCUUUGGUGCUUUUAUGGCGGCCGGCGUCCUUGGUGGACUCACAGCGCCCUGGGUUCGUCAAUUAUCCACUGCCAUGAUGAUGAAAUACAACGACACCAAUGUCGUCUCUCAGCUCGGUCGGGAUGGAGAACAAACCAAUGACGACAGACCGAUGGCCGUCGAAGCCUUGUCUACAAUUUGCUACUUGGCUUCCGCAUUUUUGCUUCUGCUUCCAUGCCUCCUUGAUGGGGAGGGAGAACACUCCUUUUCGAUUUGCCUCGUGGCAUUCCUUAUUUACGAGUUCAUUGUUGGACUCUACUUGCCAUGCGAGGGAGUCCUUCGCUCCAUUUACUUCCCCGCGGAAGGUCGCGCUUCCAUUUUGACCUUGCCGCGCAUUGUUGUCAACUGUUCCGUGUCGGUGGGAGUCGUGUUGACCAACUACAUGACUAUGCGGGACGCUUUCUCUUCCAUCUUUGUGUUGAUGGUUGUCUCGGCUGCUCUGCAGCUUUCCCUUGUGGUCGAUCCGUGGUCUCCGAUCGCGGAAGAAGACGACGAAACGGUGCCCAUCAAGGCAAUAUCUGGAGAAAAGUUGGCGUCGGGUACCUGGGAUCACGCGCCAGAGCUCAAGCGGGCUUCGUUUGUCUCAUCCUUCUGUAGUCAGGGUGAUGACGCUAGCGUAUCUUCGGCGUCGUCCUGCAAGGGUCCAGCAACGGACAAGCUAAAGAACGAGUAA